AUGGCAACCGUACCUGUGCCGAACGAGGAUUCUUCUGAGGAACCUCAGCCUGGUCGGUCAGACCCGACACCUAGGGCUGCAUCUGAUGCUUCAAGCGGUGAUCCAUGGGCAAGAUCUGGGAACGAUCCCUGGGCUGAUGGGCGUAGGCGCGAGGUGCCAGUCCGAGCGCCAGUGCUGGAGGAGGAGUUUCUGCAAUUUCUUCAGUGGCGUCAAGCCCAGCCGAACCAGGCCUAUGGCAUGGGACAUCAACAUGGAGGCGCAGGUGCUGCGGGACAAGGUCUAUGGCAUUUUGCCAGGGACGAACAUGAGAGGACGACGGCGGGACCGCCACCAGAGUGGGAUGGAGUUAGCACCGAGUUCAAGGACUACAAGAUCAAGGCCAGAAUUUGGCUGAGAACUACUAGGACUCCGGCCCAUGCUCGGGGACCACUCCUACUCAAAAGUCUUACCAAGGGUCCAUGGGAAGAUUUGAAGUUUUUAGCAAAUGACGAUGAAUGGAUGGCAGAUCCUGACAAUGGCAACAAACUGAUCACUAUGAUGGAUUCCAAAGAAUUCUAUGGGGAAGAAAAACGUGAGUCAAUGUUAGCUGCAUGUGCUAGGUUGACAUAUCACUUGAGGCGUCAACGAGGUGAAACGGCCAGAGCCUUCAUGACCCGUUGGGACACUGCAGAACGAAAAAUUCGAGAACAUGAUGUACGACUUCCUCAAGAAUAUCUUGGCUUCCUCAUGGUGAAUGCCCUCCAGCUGGACUCCGAGAAGACCAAGCUCUUGCUCAACUACACGAAGGGUUCCUUGCAGGUAGCUGAUGUGAAAAGUUGGCUCCGAGUCCAUGAGACUGACUUGGAUAUGAACCAUUUGGGCAGCGAUCGCAAGAAGGCUUCAGUGAACUACCUGGCGGACCCCGAGGACACCAAGGAGAUCCAGCUCGUGGACCUUGACGACGAGGAGGACAUGAUGGAGAAUGACCAGACGGACAUCCUGCUCACCACCAUGGCAGACUUGGAGGAGCCCAAGAACAACAGCACGGACGAUAUGGUCACCCUGACUGAGUCCGAGAUGAAGGACAUCUUGAUGACGAUGCUGAAGGAUUCCAAGCAUCGUGGUCGAAACUAUGCUGGUGCCCUGAAGGCCAAGAAGAAUCGGGAUCUUGCUCGUGGCUAUGGAGCAGGACGAGAUGGAUUGAUGAAACCAGGAACCUAUGAGGUGUCCAUCUCAGAGCUGAAGAAAAGAACCAAAUGCAAUGCGUGCGGGGCCGUGGGCCACUGGGCUCGUGAGUGCCCCAAGCCCAAGACUGAUUCUUCCAAGCCAAAAUCCAAGGAGGUGAACUUCCUUGUGCAGGACCAAAGCAGUUUUGCUGAGAGCGAGUUUUUCUAUUUAGAAGAAGAUGUAGCAGCUGGCAGCAAGGAAUCUGUCCAUGACUGCCAUGACUUUUCGCAAUCUGAUCGAGCAUACAUGGCGUGUCCUAAGGUGGAUCACGGAAGUAUCCAGCCCUGGGAGCAGCCCCACGUUCCAACUGCUCUGAUGCAUGGCCCGCGGCAGAAGCGGGGUCGCAGCGAUGGCGACAUGCCUCCGGCGGUGACUCAGGCUUGGGUCCGAAUGACCUUGAAAGCCAUCAUGAUCAUCAGCCGAGCCAUUCAACAUCGAGUUCAACACCAUCUUCAAAUUCCUGGGCCAAGAGGAGUUCUUGCCAGGCAGAUGAUCGAGAUGGGGGACUUGUUGGAGACUGUCCAUUUGGAGCAGGUGGUGGACCAACUGAGCCAAGCUCUUCAUCAGAAGUCGUUGGCCGAGAACUAUUCACGGUCUCCAACGCCAUCGGAAUGGUCUCGAGUGACUUCGCUCAAGGACUCUCACCUCAGGAAGUCCCCAUCGAAUCGACCGGCACCAACGACACCAAGGUCAUCAACUUCGAGGCCAACAACGGAGGAACCAGAUCAACGCCGUGCCAGCAUGUGGGAGAUCCCGCAGGACUUGGAUGUGAAUCGAGAGGCCCCUCUAUGUCACUGCCAGCAAGGAGCCCUACUGUGGAUUUCGAAGACGGAGAACAAUCCAGACCGCCUGUUUUGGCGAUGCGGCAGGGAACGAUCCCAGCAGUGCAGUUUCUUCCAGUGGCUGACUUUUCAACCACUUCAAAGAGACUUGAACCAGAACCCCAACACCGAGUACUUCACCAAGAGACAGCAGGAGAUUUGCCCACACACGAGGCGAGAUCGCCGAGGUACCAAUGGACUCAAGAGCAAGGAGAAGUGCCUGGACUGCGGCAAGCUGCUGGUCGACGAGAAGACUCCACUGGGGCUCAUGGUUCAACAAGAACGGCAGAAUCGCAAGGCUCCAACGACACCUCUCUCUCAGAGUUCCACCGAAGGCCAGAACAAGUUGAAGCAGGAGAACAAGGAGUUCCAGGAGUUUUUGCUGUGGCGUCAGGCCCAACAGCAACAGAUGGAGAACCAGACCAGCGGUUCCCGCGGAGCGUCAAGUCGACACGGUAUCUCCUCAGAUCUGCUCUACAUUGUCGAUGGCCAGAAGACUCUGGAAUGGGAACAGCACCUGGAGCAGAAUCUACUUCUUUCUGAGGAGAACCUGAUGAACCAAGCUCGAGACAAAGCUGAUCCUGCUUUGGUGAGAAGGGCUCAUGAUGGUCUUGGACAUCCUGGGCGGGACCGGUUCUUGCGAAUUCUGAAGAAUAGUAAGGCCAGCCAAAAGGUCAUGGACAUUGCCAAGAAUCUCAAAUGCUCAGUUUGUGAAAAGUUCAAACUCCCACGACCAUCUCGUGUUGGAGCACCUCCAAGGGAGAUUGGCUUGAAUGAAGUGGUUGGCAUCGACACCUUCCAGCUCAGGGUUCCCUUUUCAAACAAGACCAAGUACUGCUUGAACGUGGUGGACUAUGGUAGCCACUUUCAACUGGUGAUUCCCUUGACUGGGCAUACAGCUCAUGAAACUCGAGCUGGUUAUCGACUGUGGCUGAAGAUUUUUGGUCCACCACGAAAGCUGCUGUGCGACUUAGGUCGUGAGUUCCAGAAGAAGUUUGAGAAUCUGGCUGAGUCAGAUGGAACUGAACUUCUACCUUCAUCCUUGGAGACUCCUGAACAGAGAGGUCUCGAGAUGUUCUACAAGACUAUGGAGCAGAUCCAAUGCACUGACUGGCCCACCUGGUUUCAGACGAUCGACCUGGUCUGCUUCACCAAGAAUCGAUUGCUUUCCAGAGGUGGCUUUUCACCGGCGCAAAGGGUUUUUGGGUACCAACAACGAAUCCCAGGUGGCCUGAUGUCAGGAGGCGAAUCUGAUCUAGCAGUGCAAAGUCUUGCUGCCAUUGGUGACACUACCGUGGCCAAGGCCAUGAAUAUCCGGAAGGCGGCAUCUGUGGCCUUCCAUGAGGUAGAAUGUCAACAGGCAGUCAGAGCUGCUGCUACUCAUGGUCCUCGUCCUCAUUAUGACUAUGAAACUGGCCAAGCAGUCUACUUCUGGAGAAGAAGCACAGAUACAGCUCGAAAACCACCUACGUAUUUCUGGCAUGGACCAGCACGUGUGGUGGCCACCCAAUUGCCCACCACGGUUUGGUUGUCGUUCAACCACCACCUCAUCAAGGCCUCACCAGAAAAGAUUCGACCAGCUGCAGAAGAGGAAUUCCUGUCACUGUCAGGUUGGCUUGAAGGUAUCUCCAAUGCCAAGCGUCAGUUCGAGACCGAGAAUGUCAAGGGCAUCAUCGACUUGUCUAAAGACCAAGAUGCUCCGGUUCCAGAUGGAGAUCGAGAUUACUGGCGACAAGAAGGAGAUUUUUGGAUCCGAGUUCAUGUCCAACCACGAAAAGAACUUUAUCAACCUGACGAUGAUGACAUGGAACUUCCAUUUUUCACUCAGCAGUUGAAACCAUGGAGAAAGUCCUGCAUGACCUUAGAGAAUGGCACUGAAGAGAUUUUGGAGGACCGUGGGAACCUUGGAGCCAACGUUCCACUCCAUGGAGAGCUCUGGACUGGCGAGACGUGGUUUGAAAUGGGUGAUGGCAGUCAGCCAUCCACCCAACUUUUCAAAAGAGAAGCUCAACCAGAUCCACUUCCACGACGGUUGAGGCAGAAGACCAGACCUAGUGAAGUGGAACCUUCGCCUGAAAAGGCUGAGGCGCCGCCAGUCGGAGCACCUCCGGGCCUUGAACCGCCAAUUCCAUUGGCCGAGGACGACAAGAAUUCUGACCUUUCGGUCUACCCUGAAUCACCUCUGCCGGAGGAAAGCAUCAAAAAUGAUGGGGAUGGUUCGAUCGUCCAGGAGAGCAUCAAGCCAGAAGAUGUGCCCAUCCCACCUUCAGUUGAAGGAGAUCGAAAACGGGAUCAUGAUGAUGUUAGCCAGACGGAUUCUGCCUGGGAAGCUAUUCCAGUGUCAAAACGAAGCAGACUAGACCUCCUCGACCUGUACUACACAGAACUAGCAAACAAGUCAGCACAACAGAUGCUGAGCGUUUACAAAGGGCGAUCCACAAGGAGCUCAAAGGAGCUCAACAACAACUUGGCUACUGGAGCCUAUGAAAUUCUGGAUCCAGUAACUUCAGCUUUGAUCCGGAAGAAUGCCCCGGAUAAGAUCAUGAAGUCCCGCUAUGUUCUGACGAAGAAGCCCAUUGAGGACUUUGCCGUUGAGGAUGCAAUGUCAGCUGAUGAGGUAUUGGACUCAUCCCCACCAGGACAGCCAUGCAAGGCGAAAUGUCGCCAUGUGAUGCAGGGCUACUCUGAGUCAGCCUUGCUGGAACUGGAGACAAGCACUCCUCAAGUGCACCGAGAUUCAGUGAUUUUUGCGGCUCAGAUCAUGUCAAGUAUGGGUUGGACACCAGGUUUUGCAGAUUUUACUCAGGCUUUUCAUUCAGGCGAUCCCAUUGAUCGUGAACUGUAUGCGGAACAACCAGUAGAAGGUCUUCCAGGGGUGAGCAAGACGCAGCUGAUCAAACUCCUCAAGACUUGCUAUGGACUCACUGAUGGCCCAUAUCAAUGGUUCAAACACAUCGUUCGAUUUCUAUGCGAUGAACUUCAGUAUCGACAGUCUGUUGUAGAUCCCUGCUUAUUCUUUCUGGAUUCACCAUUGGAUGAGAAUGGACAAUCACAUAUUGAAGGUAUUCUGGCAUUAGCAACCGACGAUUUAUUUCAUGGUGGUUCAACUCGUCACCUUAGCAAGAUGGAAAUCAUUCGCAGUCGGUACAAACUGGGGAAGUUUACAUGGCAAUCUGGAAGAUUUGUAGGCAAGGAUAUUCAUCAACGAGAAGAUGGUUCUAUUCAACUUGAUCAACAAUUCUACACGGAAUCCAAGGUUACUGUUAUUCCCCUGAGUCGCGAUAGAAAACGUCGAAAAUUUUCAGUUUGCAAUCCUGAUGAAGUUGAACAACUACGAGCACUUGUUGGUACUCUUUCUUGGCUUUCCAAGGAGACAAGAUCUGGUGUGAUCAAAGAUGCAUCAUGGGGCAAUUCCAAGGAGUUCGGCAGCUACCUAGAGCAAGAUUCUGGAGAUUGGUGGGAAGAAACCUCCCAGUGUUGGAUUCGCCACCAUCGUGUUGCACGACGUUUGGCUUUUCAUCCAGCAGCAUGUCCUGACGGGCCAGACCUCCAUGAUAUCACCACCCAGCGUAUCACAGAGAUGACGAUUGACAACAGAAGUCACCAUCUUGAUGAUUCCUGGAACACAAGCGACAGUUUGAAGCCACUAUCAACAUCUAACUGGACUGGCACCACAACUUUCUUCAAGCAGGAAGAGAACAAGGUGCUGGACUCCAAAGAGAUUCAUGCCGGUUACGACCAGCUGAACAAGCUCUACAGCCAGGGCGGAGAGAUUGUCAUCUUCUAUGACCAGGCGCUCCCCGAGUCACAGAACUUGCAAAAUGUUUCCAUCGCCGCGUGGAAGAGCUAUCGGCUUAAGCGGCAGACGGUAAACACCUUGAGCUCCGAGACUCAGGCCUUGGUACGUGGCCUUGGAUCUGUUCAUUGGUAUCGGAUCCUGAUUCUUGAAGCUCGAGGACUCCAACCUUCUGCUCGUGAAUGGCAUCGUGAAGUAUCCCGACUUCCCUUCAUUUGCAUCACAGACUCCAUGUCUCUCUACGAUGCGGUGAGUAAGUACACCAAUCCGGCCUCUCAAUGUGGCGACAAGCGAACUUCCAUAGACAUCUCCUUGAUCAAACAGGAGAUCAACGAGCUCAACGGCAAGAUCCGAUGGAUCGACGGCAGAACUAUGUUGGCCGACCCUCUCACCAAGGAGUCCAAGUCAGACUUGCUUCGCCACGUGAUUCGCACAGGCCAGUGGGCGAUUUUAGAAGAGGGAUCAGCUCUUCAAAGAAAGCUCAUUGAACGAACAUCUCAAUACGAGGUGCAUUUUAUCUUUUGA